CCAACGAAGCGACUCUGUUUGGCGAUCGCGCUGCACGGGAAAUGGGGAGGGCUUGUUGGUGCCCGUGGCCCUCCCGAUAUGUAUUUCCCAAUUGGAUGGCCAAAGAUAUUGAAUUCUCGGAUUGAUGAUGGUCAAGAGAAGCUCAGGAAGAUAUUGUGUAACAGAGACCGGAUACUGUUUGCUGUAUUGUCAGAUUCACAGAUAACGAUAUGGUUUUCUAAACCUGCUCUGCCCAUCACAUGUCACAAAAGGUCACAGGAGUCACUGGAGAAACAUGGAACAAAUAUUGAUCUGCAAUGGAGACCAGACUCCACCAUGUUGGUUAUUACGACAUCAAAAAACUUUCUGUUGUUUUUCCACCUGGCUGUGGACAGUGCCAAGUCUGGCCUGUACAGCCAGACAGACUCUCCUCAGGCAGCACUCCGUCGGGACAGUCCGGAGCUGUUCAUCAAGGAGCAGAUUCCCCCACUUGUCUUCUCCAAGGCCUUCCAGACGGGUCUGGAUGCGCCGCUCACCUGCGUCACCAGCAUCCGGGAUGAGCUAAUGGUGGCCACGGCCUCGGGCCACGUGCUACGCUACCGCUGGGAUGGCACCAUCAACUACGACUACUGCUUGGACCUGCGGCGCACGCCCUUCUCCGUCAACCAGCAGGUCUCUAUCGCGAUACCGAUCCAGGAGGAGGGCGUGCACGUGGUGGACAUGGAGUACUCGCCACUGGUGGGCGGGUUUGCCACAGUGCUCAGUGACGGCCGCGCCGCCUUCCUCACCGCCUCCUCGCUCAAGUUCGACCCCAAUUCGGUGCAAGGCAUCUGGGCGGCCUCGGUGUCGGACGCCACCUGCGCCACAGUCAGCCACAAAUACCGGCUCAUCGUGUUCGGACGUUCAACCGGCGAGUCGGUGGUGUGCUGUGUGGACGAGUCCACGGGCGGCCUGCAGGUGCUCCACCGACUCAUCCUCUCCAGCAAGGACUUCGCCGGCUCGCCAGGACCCGUCGGUCGUCUGUGCUGGACGCCGGACAGCUGCGCGCUUGCCGUCACCUGGUCGUCGGGCGGUCUGUCGCUCUGGUCCGUGUUCGGCACGCUGCUGGCCUGCACGCUUGCCUGGGAGGGCGACGUGGUGGCCGCCGUCAACAUGGAAUGGGGCGCCGAGGGCUAUCAGCUCUGGCUGCUCAACGCCGGCCGGCGCGACGACGACGGCUUCGCCAACCGGCUCAUGCAGCUGUCGUUCGUCAAGUCGGCCCUCUCCGUCAACCCGUGUAUGAGUAACCAGGAGCACGUGUGCCUGCAAGGCGAGGACCGCGUGCUCAUCAGCUGCGACGGUCCCGUGUCGCUGGGUGCCGCUGGUCAGACCAGGGCCGGCAGCAAACAGUGGAUCACCGUGCCUGUGCCGCACCUCUACGUGGGCAGCAACUGGCCCAUACGCUACACGGCGCUCGACGACGGCGUGCAGCACGUGGCCGUGGCCGGGCGGACAGGCGUGGCCCACUACUCGCUCGCCUCGCGCCGGUGGAAGCUGUUCGGAAAUGAGAACCAGGAGAAGGACUUCGUGGUGACGGGCGGCUUGAUGUGGUGGCGCCAGCUGCUGCUCAUGGGCUGCUACAACAUCGCCCAGAAGCGGGACGAGAUCCGGCUCUACCCGCGCGAGUCGCGUCUGGACAACGCCUUCGUCCAGGUGACGCCCGUGGACGCGCAGGUGCUGUUGCUCAACCUGUACCAGGACACGCUGAUCGCCUACUCGGCCGACAGCCACAUCUCGCUCUACCACAUCCAGGAGAGCUCCGCCGACCCGACCGUGGCCGAGGUGCGCCGCAUCCAGGACAUCGACAUCUCGGCGCUGACGGCGCACCCGGCCUGCGUCGUCUCCGUGUCGAUGUCGACGCUGCGCAUGGAGCCGAGCCGCCACCGCUCGCCGAUCGCCCAGUCAAUCCUGGUCAACAUCUGCGGCCGACUGCUGAUGCUCCAGCGCGACCCGGAGGAGGCCGGUCGGCCCGUCGAGGCCGCCGCCAAAAUGUUCGGCUCGUCGGUGCUGACGCCGACGGUGCUGGCCUCCAUGGUGGAGUCUGUGUGGUGCCCGGGCACCAUGUCGCACCGCAUGAAGCUGGCCGACGUGCUCUGGAUCAACAGCGGCCAGCACGGCAUGCGCGUGUGGCUGCCGCUCUUCCCACAGCACGGCAAGGCACACAAUUUCAUGUCCAAGCGGAUUAUGCUGCCGUUCCAGUGCAGCAUCUACCCGCUCGCCGUCAAGUACGACGACGCCGUGAUCCUGGGCGCCGAGAACGACACGGUCGAGUUCCCCGGCUCCGGCUGCGGUCGGCUGCCGUACUGCGCCGUGGAGCGGACGAGCCAGGUGUACCUGCAGCACAUUCUGCGCCAGCUGCUGCGGCGCAACCUGGGCUACCACGCCUGGGAGAUCGCGCACCGCUACACACACCUGCCCUACUUCUCGCACGCGCUCGAGCUGCUGCUGCACGAGGUGGUGGAGGAGGAGGCCACCUCCAAGGAGCCGAUCCCGGACGCGCUGCUGCCGCGUGUCAUCGAGUUCAUCCGCGAGUUCCCCGUCUACCUGGACACGGUGGUGCGGUGCGCGCGCAAGACCGAAAUGGCGCUGUGGUCCUACCUGUUCGCGUCGGCCGGCCAGCCGGUGCAACUGUUCCAGCAGUGUCUGCGGCUGCAGCAGCUGGAUACGGCCGCGUCCUACCUCAUCAUCCUGCAGAACCUGGAGACGGCCGAGACGAGCCGCCACUACGUCACCCUGCUGCUGGACGCCAGCCUGGACAGCUGUCGCUGGCGGCUGGCGAAGGACCUCACACGCUUCCUCAGAGCCAUCGACCCGUCCGAUCUGGAGUCGCCGCGGGAGCUGAGGCAGCAGCUGUCGCACGUCACGCCGCCCGUGUCGCCCAACGAGGAGGACCUUUCGCUGGUGUACGGCACACUGCAGGUGCGCGGCCGCAGCCUCAGCACCUCGGCCAACCCGCGUGUGGAGCACAAGGAGGUGACGCGCACCAACAGCGACCAGCGGGCCGUGCGGCGCAAGUCAGCCGGCCAGGAGCGCACCGACGCCGCUGAGCUCGGCCAGCAGCGGCUCUUCAUCGACCAGGUGCUGGAGCGUCACGCCCGCAAGCUGUUGACCAAGUGGCGGCUGCGCGACCUGGGCAGCUUCGCCGCCCACAUGGAGUUCCACUUGGUGGAGUGGCUGCGCCGCGAGCGCUGGCGCGCCGCGCUCGUCGACGACCUGGUGGCAGCGCUGCGCCGGCUGCACCUGGAUUUCCAGUGGCCAUAUCCUGUACCGCCGCAGCCGCUGGGCUUCUUCCUGGCCGCCGGCGAACGCAAGGACUCGGCCGACUCGGCCGUCCAGCUGGACGAAGCGGCUGCACGCGCUGCACGUGCACACUGGCGACAGCGGCUACCUGAGCGAGGCGGCGCGCGCCGGGCCGGCGCCGCCGCCGCCCGCCGAGACACCCUCGCCGGUCACCCAGGACGCCCGUCUGCUGCCACACGUCACGCGAGGCGGCGCCGACAGCGCCAGCAUCAUGAGCGAGGAGGGAUCCUCCACUUGGGCGGAGGAGGACGUGACGCCGCUGGAGACGCCCACCAACGGCUGCGGCGGCCAACUGCUGCAGCUGGACGUGGCAGCCGAGGCACGCAGCAGGCGGAGGUGCAGCUCAGGUACCUGCUGCAGAUCAUGCUAGAGGCCGAGUGUGUGGAGUGGGCGCUGCUCAUCUCGAUCGUGUUGCGGGACGCCAUGGCCGUGGUGCGCACCGUCCACCUGACGGGCGCCUCGGACGGCCUGGGCCGGCUGCAGGCCGGGCUGCGCGCCCUCCACGCCUGGACCACCACCGAGUGCGUCGGGUACCAGCCGUUCCUGCAGGUGGUCGGCCGCCAGCUGCUGGCCGAGAGCCCGUCGCUGACGGAGCGGCUGGCACCGCUGCCGUCGACCCGCUCGCGCACCGUCAGCGGCGCCGGCUCGGGCUCGACGCUCACCGAGGAGCCGGAGCCGGAACAUCGUGCCAACCUGUGA